CAUUCCCCAAAAUCUAGUUGGCUUAAUUUUCUUGCUAUACACAAUGUGUAUUUAACUUUUAAUUUACAUUAUUUUUGUAUAUUUUUUUGUCAUGGGCUUGUCUAAAUUAUUGUUUAGUUCUAGAUAUUUGCGGAAUGGGGUGGGUUACUUGGGCCGAAGGCUGUUGGCCUCCGAAGCCAGCCACUCACCUUGUGAAAGCGGUGGUCAUAAGGAAUUGGGAACAAGUGGAGGCAGUGCAGGCGCCGUCAAUUUGAAAGCGGCAGUAUGCGGCGUGUAUACGGAUAAAGACGGCCGGUUUGAGCUGACUGACUUCGCUAAGGAAGUCGAUGCGGGGAGCAGUAAUAAGCUCACCCAGCAUCUUAACGUGCUGGGUCCUGAAUUUAAAGUGGGGCAAGCGAUCGUGGUGUCAGACGUAGGCGAGUAUGAGGCCGUCGCUCUCACCAGCUUCGGGCCCAAGGACGCCGGCGAGGAUGAACUUGAAGGUCUUCACGAGGGGAAGGAGAACGUGCGCUGGGGCAUAGGCGCCGGACAUAAAGUCCUGAAUCCAUACGGUUUUGCAAAUCGGCAGAUGUUCUACGACGUGGGCCUGCACCCGGACGCCACCGGUGAGAGCUUCACGCUCGCCGAGUGGAAGUUCGACAAGUUCCGACACCGUCCGCCUCUCCCGCCGGCGGGUCGACCCGCGAUCGACUCCGAUGAAGCGCAGAUUGGAAUAAUUCGAGGCCAGGCUCAAAACUGGGCGAGAUAUUUAUCAGACAUGCCUGCCAACAAAAUGACUCCCACUGAUGUUGCACAGCAAGCAAUAGAUGUGCUAUGCCCGCUAGGAGUCAGAGUAACUGCCCACGAGAAGAGCUGGAUUGAAGCAAAUAAUAUGCAAGCGUUCCUGACCGUAGCGAGGGGUUCCUGCGAACCCCCCAUCUUCCUAGAAUGCGAGUACAAAGGGCUGGAUAGCGGCAAUGUUAUCUUGAUGGCGGCUAAAGGCGUUACUUUCGAUAGCGGCGGCCUCUGCCUCAAGAAGCCGUCGGAUAUGAUCGAGAACAGAGGGAGUAUGGCGGGCGCCGCUGCUGCGCUCGGUGCGAUACGGGCUUUAGCUGAGCUCAAGGCAAAAGUGAACGUGACAUUAGUGGUCCCUCUCUGCGAGAACAUGAUCUCAGGCCAGUGCAUGAAAGUCGGCGACAUCGUACCCGCGCUCAACGGGCUCAACAUACAGAUCGAAGACACGGACAUGGAGGGCCGGCUGAUGCUGGCCGACGCGCUGGUGUACGGACAGGCCAAGUACCGGCCCUACACCGUGGUCGAUGUCGCCACAUUUACACACGGCAUCAAGCUGGCGACGGGCGGCGGCUGCUACGGCUGCUUCGCCAACCGGGAGUGGCUGUGGGCGGGCGCGCGCCGCGCGGGCGCCGCGGCGGGCGACCGGCCCUGGCGCUUCCCGCUGUGGGACUACUACCGGCGGCAGAUCGUGGACGAUCCUUCCGUGGACUUAAGAAAUCGAGGUUCAGGAAAAGCAACUCCCUGCAUCGGCGCAGCUUUUCUACAGCAAUUCGUCUGCGCCAACUGGCUCCACUUUGACAUAACGGGCGUGGGCAAGCUGGCGCACGCCGCGCCGCCGUACCUGCGCGCCGCGCGCAUGAGCGGCCGCCCCACGCGCGCGCUGGCGCUCACUCUCAUGAACAUAGCCGCGCACGACGAGUGCCAGACCGACACCCAUUAGAUUCGGGAGUACACAAGCAAGCUUCGUUUGUCAACACACUCUUCUAGGACGGAUAUUUUGUAUUGUAUAUGUAACUUGACGCCGUGAUGUGUGAAUGGCUAUUAAAAAUAAUAUAGUUGUCUUACUAUGUGCAUUUUAAAUAUGAUUUCUAGCUCGACUCAAAAGCAUAGCCUACGUUAGUCUGCUCGAUUUUUUUCUACUACGUUGGUGACAAGCUAGCAUACGGCCCGUUUGAUGGUAAGCGGUCUCAGUAGCAUAUUUUCGCUAGUUUCUAACAGCAAGUCCGUAAGUGCCUUGAUAUUUUUGAUAGACAUAAGGUAGAAGUGCUAGUGCUCGACACUGCACUAGUACUCGACAUGGGCACUUUAUGUCAAAGUGACAAGGAAUAAGUUCGAAUACAGAAAAAUCUUCGUUGUUCAAAUUUAACCUAUAUUUCCAUGAAAUAAAGUACCUAUGUCGGUGACUAGUGCAGCGUCGAGCACUAGUACUUCUACCUUACUCGAUGUAGACUUCGGAAAUUUUAACUUAACGACCUUUACACUGAAAGCUUAGUUUUGAAUUGCCGAACCUGCCGAGGCCAGGUGGUGGGCGAGAGUCAGGAUUGCAGGUGUACCUAAAUAAAAAUAAUUAAAAAGCGUUCCAUAUUUUUGUGCCUAAUUGAUACUAUUUAGUACCUCCUUUAAAAAUAGUAAAAUAAGUAAAACUUGGAAAUCACAAAUAAAAUGGCUUAAUUUAAAAUAGAAUAUGAAGGUACAAAAAUUUGAUUGUUAUAGAAUUUAUUAAUAAUAGCGGGAUCAUUGCGUCAUAAAAUACACCCGCCAUUCUGACUGUCAGAAUGGCGGGUGUAUCGUUUUUUUGGUAAUAACUUAGUACCGGGAGGUACUAAUACAAAUUAGGUACAAAAAUAUGGUGUUUUGAUGUUUAUUUUUAUUUAUGCUCACCAGUUUAGCCAGUCACUUGCAGUUCGAACCGACGAAAACGUCGAGCAAACUGGUACGUACACUACAACAUUAUUUCUAGCAAGACCUUAUAAACCUUUUCACACACCACGACAAGUGUUUACUAGUUGUACUCUCAGGGAUCGGACAAUGACAACACACGUUACAGCCAUUCAGAAUGUAAUUGUUUUAUGCAAUAAAUAUAAUUUGGAAAUACUAA